AUGCCCCAGCUCGAGACCACCCGCGGCGGCUAUUAUCUUUGGCAAUAUGUCCCGUCGUUGCCGGCGGCAGUUAUUUUUAUCGUGCUCUUUGCUCUUGGCACAGCUGCCCACUCGUGGAGGAUUUUCAAGUACCGCAACCGAUUCUGUAUCGCAUUUUUGAUCGGAUGUAUUUUUGAAUUUAUAGGAUACUGCGCGCGCGCGGCCUGCCACAAUAGCACUGGAAAAAUCAUGCCCUUUUCCAUCCAGAAUGUAUUCAUCCUCCUAGGCCCGGCCUUAUUCGCUGCCUCCAUCUACAUGACUCUCUCGCGUAUUAUCUACUCCAUUCGCGGGGAGCCUCUAGCCCUCGUACAUCCCCGAUGGUUGACCAAGAUCUUCGUCGCGGGCGACAUUCUCUCAUUUAUUGUCCAGGGCAGCGCGGCAGGGCUUAUGGUGACUGGUUCGCACGGCCAGAUGGGCGAGUACAUCGUGAUAGCAGGGUUGCUGAUCCAGGUGGUGAUGUUUGGGCUUUUUGGGGUCACAGCCAUGCUAUUCCAGAUGCGCCUGCGGCAGCAGCCCACUACAGAGUCGACGGCAAGCUCAGAAUGGAAGGGUCACCUGCGCACGCUGUAUAUCGUCAGCGUGCUUAUCAUGAUUCGGUCGAUUUUCCGAGUCGUUGAGUAUGCUAUGGGACAGAGCGGGUAUCUCUUACAGCAUGAGUGGACUAUGUUUGUCUUUGAUAGUUUGCUCAUGUUUGGUGUUGUCGUUGUGUUUUACAUCUGGUACCCUGGGUCAAUUGUCUUCACUCGCGAAGCGAGCGGGGAUGAUUAUGAGGCUUUGCAGAUACAGGCUGAACGAAAGUGAUGGACUAUAU